AUGGCUGGGGGCAGUCUACCCCUGAAUAUCAGAGGCUGCGGCUUCCGGCCAGAGUUCGACGGGCCCCACGCCUCCCCCGUGGCCGGCGCGCGCAUCGUGGGGGGCUCGAAGUCCCUCCCCGGGAAGUGGCCCUGGGUGGUCAGCAUACAGACCAGCACCUACCACUUCUGCGGGGGGUCCAUCGUGCACCCGUGGUGGGUGCUCUCCGCCGCCCACUGCUUCGCAGAGAGAAGCGACAAGGUCAGGGUGGCCGCGGGGAGCAACCUCCUGGGGAGGCACAACGUCACCCGCUGGGUGCGCAAGAUCCACCUGCACCCCGAGUACAGCACCCGCACCUACGACAACGACCUGGCGCUCCUGCUGCUGGACAAGCCCAUCCCCUACAGCUUCUACCACAGCCCCCUCUGCCUCCCCGACCACAGCAUCGUCCCCGACGACAACAUGUGGGAGAGCUGCACCGUGGCCGGGUGGGGGCUCACGAAGGCCGGAAGCGGCCAGGGAUCCUACAGUUUGCUGGACGUGCAGGUGGGAAUGGUCGACUGGAUGCUGUGCCUCCGCUGGCUGCGCUCCCUCACCAAAAACAUGAUCUGCGCCGGCUUUGAGGAGGGCGGCCGCGACGCCUGCCAGGGGGACAGCGGAGGACCCCUCAUGUGCCGCCCCCCGGGCCGCGGAGGACCCCACCAGCGCUGGUACGCGGUCGGCGUGGUGAGCUGGGGGCGCAGCUGCGCGGCCCGCCACAGCCCCGGCGUCUACACCAGGGUGGCCAACUUCCACGCGUGGCUGGAGAUGACCUCGGCCCACGAAAGCCACCCUUUCCACGUGCCGCAGACCGCGGAGGGCCACACCGCCUCCCCCGCCGCCGAGGCGGCGCAUGUGACCAGGCAGGAGCUGGACAUGUGGGCCGGAGUGGAGGCGGCCAUCGCCGCCAGAGCCGCCCCCGGGCAUCGCCCGGCCCUCGCGUGGCUCCUGGGGGCCGCCUGCUGGGCCCUGCGCUGGGCAGAAGAGAUGGAAUAAAUGCUCAUUUAUUUAUUUGUAUUUACUUAUGAAAUCUGUACGCCGCCUUUCUCCCGAAGGUCGCAGGGCGAGCAGAGGGAGGGCGCAAAAUGCAAGAUGAAACAAAAGCGAACCCAAAGACCCCACAAACAUUUUCAAGGUCAUGGGAUGCUAACCGGCCGAAGGCUUUAGGGGUCAGCAAACUUUUUCA